AUGGAGCAGCUUGGAUACCUUUCGAGUGAUCUUGUGUUUCCUGCGAUUGCGAUUGCCAUCGGAAGCGCGCAUUGGCAUUUUCUAGGCGAACACGUCCUGGGUGGGCUCCAAGCCGCCUACAGCCGUCUCUCCACAACGCAGCGAGAAGUGUCUGCAAGCUGUUCCGGCGACCGUGUAUUUCAGCGGCUUGCAAAAAUCAGAGCAUUCAACUACAGCACUGUGUCUCUAAUGGGCAUACAUUUCGCACUGUUGGUGGCAUUGGAGCGCAUAUCCCGAUUUCUUCGAGAGCCCUGCAUUGCAAACACGCUGCCAAUCCUUGUGGUGCUGUUGCUGGGAUAUCUCCCUGACGCAACUGCAAUCUGUUGGCGUGCGCAGCUGACGAACAAUACUUUGACACGUCUCAGCUGCCUUCUCUGCAGCUUCUUUCAUGCGUACUGUCUUGCAUGCGUUGCAGACUCUAGCAGCGCGACGGACCAUAUAUCGAUGCUCAGCCUGAUGACAACAGGUCACAUGCUUGCUGGGCUUGUGUUUCUCAAUGCUCGGAUGUGGAUUCCAUCCACUAUUGUCUUGUUUGUGAGCCAUCUUGCAGUUUUUCUGUACAAAUUCGGGUAUGACGAAGUCAGCCCGACGUUCCUUCUAAACUAUUUCCACCAAUUGUUGCAAAGCUGCACCAUCCUCGCAGGGGUGGAGAUUGGCAUAUGUGCCCACCUCAAGUCGGAAAUUGACAACGAAGAUCAUCAAACAAUGAUGGUUGGUUUCCAAAAGAUCUUAAAGGGGCUCUGCGACGGCAGCCUUCUUCUGGACCAGGAGAUGACGGUGCGUGGUUCUCAAUCCUGUUUGCAGCGCCUACUCUCCACCCGCAAGAGCUUUGAGGGAACUGACUUCAGAACCAUGAUUGCUUGCCCAGAAGACAAGAAGAACUUUGCCACCCUUGUGGGUGCAUCCAUUACAUCAUCCGACCUCGCUGACGCUUCACCGCCUCCAUGUUUGCGGAUCAGCUUGUCAGAAGCUGGCCAGGUUGCAUCAGUGGAUGUCUUUCAUGCUGUUUUGCCAGGCCUCUUUGGUGCGGAGCGACAUCACAUCUUAGCAUUUGUGGAGGACACUGCAGGGCGCCAGGCUCCACUUGCCACGCAUGGCACCCCAAACUCUGAUCAGAUGCGUGGUGGAAGUUUCAAGCGUUGGCCGUUUUCCCUGCCGAGCGAGUCGGGUGUCUCCUCGAGGGAGUCGGAAGCUGCCUCGUCAGCAGGCGCACGAUGCAAUGAGGUCCUGGAGGUCUUGCAAAAUUUGGUGGAAGCCACGUUUCUCAUCGACCCCUGCUCCCCAAAUGCAGAUCUCUUGGAGGCUCACCUGAAGUUCCACAGAAUGCAUCCUGUACAGCAGCCACCUUCGAUGAGGAUGCUAAGCAAGAUUGACGAAUGGGACGAUCUGCAGAGGCUGCUGACAACAUAUGCCUUGCGGGUGCUGCAGGGGGCUCCUGACUUGCCAGUGGCGAUGAGGGCCAUGCAGCUACGAGUUCCUGGAGCUCCCCGGAAGCUGCUCAAAGCCAACCAAGUACGGCUGAGCGUUGCAAACCGCAGCCGGGAGUUCGGGCAACCGAUCUGUUUGUACCUUCACUUGAAGAGUUUUAACAAGAAGUAUGCGCGGCCCAGUUACAUUACCAGCCUGCAGAGCAAAGCGCUCCCGGAGCAGCUGGAAGAUGAUUCUAAUGAGGUUUCAGAGCAGCCGGAGAAUGUUUCAAGUUCGGCUGAGGACACAAAGUCUAACGCUGCCGAUAGCCUUUUAGAUCAAAUCCCUGCGCCGCAAUGUCUACCAGCAGAUGUUUGUGUGGUCGGGCCACUUUGUCACUUUUGA